GGAAGGGAAAAGAGUUUUCUUUCCCUAAAUGCCACAAGUCGAAAGCGCCGAGCCCCGGGCGGCUGCCCCGAGGCGGGAGAUGGUGGGCCGGCGCCGCACGUGAAGGCUUGCCUGAGCACAAGCAGCGGCGGCUGCGGCAUUUUCCCCUGUCUGGAAGCGAGGCAGUUCCAGUUAGUGGCGGCGGCAGGAGCAGCAGCAGCGACGCCGCCGACUAGACUCGCUGCUGCCCUGCCCAGCCCAGCAUGAGCAGCAGCGGCGGGCGCACAAGCGCCCGCGUGGCUGUGAAGAUGGAAGUGGCCCCUUUCUACGGCGAGGAGGGACUGGAGCUCCUGCCCGACUUUGUGCAGCUGCCAGGAUUCGGCGGUGGGCCCGGCGCGGGCGGACCCGCGGUGCUGGAGCCUGCCGAGGAAAGCGGGGCGGAUCCACAGCACAAACUGCUCCUCGCCGGAAAGAAGCAGCAGCAGCGAGACCUGGUCGGGGCGGCCUCCCCCAGCGUCUCCGCGGGCCCCUUCUCGUCGCUGCGCCCCCGCGGCGGCUCCAGCGGCGCCGUGCACCGCCUUAUUCCAGAUGCGUCCGUCGGCGGUGGCCCAGAGGUGGGCCCGGGCGUGCUGCAGCCUCUGCUGAAGCUGCCGGCGGCCGCCGAUCUCGAACAGCUACUUAUCCAGGCGGGCAGCCCGGGUCUCGCCGGUCCAGCCAGCCCCACCGCCGGAGGGCCCUCGGUGACGGCAGGGGCCGCCGGGCCGUUCUUGUAUCGGUCCCCGCAGCCGUCGGCUCAGCAGCAGGCGGUGACCCAGGAGCAGGAGGGCUUCGCCGACGGCUUCGUGAAAGCUCUGGCCGACUUGCACAAGCAGAACCAGCUGCUGGGCGUGCCGCCGGCGCCGCUGUCGCCCACCCAGCACCCGGGGGGCCCGUGCUGCCCGCCACCCCGACAGGACCCCCCCGCCGUCUACACCACCUUGGGCGGCUUCAACCCGGCCAGCCCGUCUGGCGGCGGCACCUUCUUCUCCCCGCAGACCGUGGCCCGCCUUCCAGCGCCUGGCUCGACGGGCAGGGUUUUGGAGGAGCCGCAGACGGUGCCGGAGGCUCCAGUAGUGUCGGUUCCUCCCCCUCCUCCCGCGCUGUCGUCCGGUGAGUCUCCUCCGCCGCCCUCCUCCUUGUCCCCACUGGACGCCGAAAGUCAGGAGCGCCUGAAAGCAGAGCGCAAGCGGCUGCGUAACCGCAUCGCGGCCUCCAAGUGCCGCCGGCGCAAGCUCGAGCGCAUCGCCCGCCUGGAGGAGAAAGUCAAGGCGCUCAAGGGCCAGAACGCCGAGCUGGCCGCCACCGCCAGCCUCUUACGCGCCCAGGUCACCCAGCUGCAAGGCCGCGUCCGCAGCCACCUCUCCAGUGGCUGCCAUAUCAACACCGCCGCCACGGUCCCCGCGCAAACUUCGGCGGUGGCCAGCCAGCCCCCGGGCAGGGAGGGGCCGACGGAACCGGAGACCAGUGCCUGCUGAAGCCGCUCGUGCCCAGACGCGGAGAGACAGCUCAUCGCAGCCUUGCCCUGCAUGGCAAGGAGAGGGUGACCCCUUGAUCACGGUCUGGAGGAGGACCAUGGCAGAGCCACCUUCCGUUCCAUACUCUUUGGCUUCUAAUCGUGCUACUCAGUCAUCUGACAGCUGGGGGAAGGCAUGGGAGAAGAGGUUCCUCUUCUGCGCCCCUGUGCACACACCAGCUCCUAAUGGGAAGCUACAAGAGAGAUCCAACAGCCGGAGAGAAACUUGGUGUAGUGGGGGGAAGAGAGAGAAGAGCUGGGAAGCAACGAUCUGUGCUCCUUGCAGGACAGAAUGGGACAACGGUGUGGCAGAAUUGUCUAUUCCAGAAAGCAACAUUGAUAAAAUAACUUGCAUUAGUCAACCCAGUAUCUUGAUAGUUUCGAGCAUCUCCAGAAAUCUGUCUGUUUCCUGCCAAGGACCCAAGUAAUGAAAGUGACACUGAAGUGAUUAACAACCAGAGGAAGGUGGUGGUGGUGGUGGUUUUUCCAGGAGCACCAAGCACAUGCAGAAACUUUCAGAGGAAAGUGCUGUACCAGUUGAUGUCAUUCUGAGAGUCUCAAGCUACAUGAGGAAGCUUGAGGCUGGAUUCUGCAGCUUGUAAUCUUCAAAACGCUCCAGCUUGAACAUGUGCUCACUUUCUUAGCUUCUCUUACCCCACAUACGAAGAAGAGCUUUGCAGAUCAGACACACAAAUAUUUGCAUCUUGUUGGUGGAAGUCACAGAGCUCUUCACAGAUAACACCUGAGCUCAUGGUUUGGACAGAAGUUAUAUUUGUUGAAGACUUUUUGCAGUUUAGAAAUCCUUGAAUUUUAUUUUUGCUCUUUUUUCUUUUUGUGGUGGAAGGUAAUUAGACUCAACUUGUAUGCUUUUCUGCAAAGGCUGCCAGGGAUUGUUAAAAACUCAACUAUAUUUAGCUAAAGGCUUAUUUAUUGCUUUCUUGUAGAUUUUCUAUGGUAGGAUGUCAUGUCUGGUUGGGGCAAAGUAUGUCAUGCAAAUGGCCAGGCAUUUGAAUAGAUCAGAAAUAUUUUUAGAAAUAACAGUCUCUUCAGUUUGCUUAUGGGUAGUUUUAUGAAAUGUUUCUCAAGAAUUUUACAGAGCUUUAGCUAAUAGAGGGCUAAAUCAGUCUUGCGUACAGAGAGACAAGUCAUUAUUUUCUAGCUAUGGCUGUUGACAUUUUCUAGAAUUACUCCAAGUUUGAGAGUGACACAGUUUAAACAUUUAGGCAACUAUGUAUACUGUAGAAGUGGCAGUGUAGUUUUUCUUGGUGGUACAGUGAAAGCCUAAAAAAGAACAAUUACUGUACACACGUUUCAGUUGCAGCUGAAUUUUGGAUUUCUGAUGUUAGAGAUUCUGCCUGCUAUGAAUGUGCAGUGCUAACGUACGGCAAAAGAAGAAGGUGUGCCACAUAAUAUUUAUUUAAAAUUUAAUGUUUUAAGCAAUGCUUUUGCCCCUAAAUUUAUGAGCUCCAUGUUAUUUCUUGUGCCAGCACAAAUUUGGUGCAUUGGUAGACUUAUUUAUUGAAACUCUUUCCAAUGUCACCUUUUAUUUUUAUAACAUGCAAGAUGAUAAAUGGUUUUCGAAGAAUAAAUAUCAUAUCCUUCACUGUGUACAUUCCAGCUGUGUUUGCUCUCUUUGUAUGAUGUUAUAGUGAGUUUAAGUGCUAUACAGCAAAAAAAAAAAACCAUACAAACUUAGAUUGGAUUUUCUUUAAAGAUAAAAUUCAGUUGUACUGUGUUUUGAAUAACUUAGAAAUAUGGAUAAGCAUAUAUAUAUAUAUUUUCAGAAGAACUAUGUAUAAGCUAUUUUUGCUGUUGUUUUCAUUGUAAAGUAUUCUCUAGUUCUCAGGGUGGGAGGGGAAAAAGGGAAGCAUUCAGCAUUCUUUUAAGGAAUUACUUGGUUGGAAAACCUGUUGAGUUUUAUUUUCAAAUGGGAUCAGAAAUGAACAUGUUGCUUCCGGUUUGUUUUAGCUGAGAUUUUUGGGAGUUUUCUGGAUAAAUUUUGUCAGUGUGUAUUGGAUGAUUCCCCCACCACCAUCCUCACUUCAUUGUAUAGACUUAGAGCAUGGAAUUGAUGCUACUCCAGAUGCAGUUUUAUUCUGUCCAGUGAUAUUUUUUCAGUGUAAGUUCUAGAGAUCUGUGCAACAACGAUCCUAAGCUGCAAAUUCUGUAUACAGAAAGAGCCGAUGGUAGAGUUAAUGAAUUGAGUUCACUGUUAGUCCUACUUAAAGUAGAUUCAUUGAAAGUAUUAGGACUUAAAUUAGACUAACAUUGGAUAUAAUCUGCAGAUUAAUUUCUCAGGAAGUACUGUGGCAAUCUAGUUUGAUCACUUGAAACAGAUAAGUGGUUAUUUUCCUGUUGCAGUGUUUGUGAACAAUUAUUUUCCAAUAGAAUUGUUCAUUAGGAACUUUGCUAUUUGGAAUCAUAUCACUGCAAACCCGUGAAAGAAUUUUGCAUUACCUUUUUAGAAAAGAAAAGUAAACUUGGGGAAGAAAAUAUAAUUCCUUUGGCCAGAUCACCUUGAUUUAAUUUCCAGUACUUCAUGAAUAAUAUUUCCUUUCAUUUGUAUUUGUUGCCUUUUCAUACAUCAUGUUCUUUUUCUUGUGACAUAUGAGUUCCUUCCUUGUCUUUUCAGUUUUCUUUAGUUCUGAAAGUAAGCUUCCUUUAGUUUAUGUCAGAAAAAGUAUUUCUCUUUAAUGAAUUAAAAGUUGCCAUUUUUUCUAGAGGAAAUGCUGUAAAUGCAUAUUUUUAUACAUUUAGCCCAUUUUCCUAUCCCUUUUUGCUGCCCCUCUGAUAAAUUUCCAGUUUGUAAUAUUUUUGAGAUGCAAAAAACAUAUUAUUGAGAUGCAUAUUAGUCUAAUCCCAGAGGAAACUAUAGUAGUAAUGGACACCUUUUAUAGCAAUGCUUAAAUGUGAUACCUGAGCAGUGCAAAGUAGAUAAUAAAUGAGCUCUACAAAGUGUAUCCCUUAGGCUGAAUCCAACACAGCACCCACAUCUUUAUAUAGCUGAAAAUGCUUGAUGGGUCAACAUUUCUUGAAUAGAUGCUGUUCUAGAGUACUACAUCUCAGAAAAAAGUUCUGGUUUAGUGAAAUCACUAUUGUUCUCCCUUUUUAAAUGCACCUGGGAGGCGAUUCAAACCCAUAGCCUAUUUCCUAACUUCUGUAAUAAGAACACAGUAUAAAAAUGGUUGUGUCAGAGGCUGAAGUUCAGACAAUUCCUUUUCUUGACAAUUAUAUUGUGAUCGGCAGGGCUGCAUGUUACAUCAGUUUUGCCAAAAGCAAAUUGUGCUACUUGACAUAUUUGUAGUGUUCUGGGUUCUUCGCCUUUUUCCUACUCUUAUGUUAUAUGGGUUGUAUCCCAUAUUAUUCCCUACUUAGAGGAGACCUAUUUAAACUAGCUGGACUUAAGUUAAACUAACGGAUACAAUUCAUUGCUACCAGUAACUUUGUAUUUUCUCCUUUUUUUCUUCAAAGUUCUAUUCGUUGGACAUUUUUUCUAAAUAUAACUCAUUUGGGGCAGAGUGGCUCCUUUGUUGAGCAUUUUAAAUAUGAUUCUUUCUAUAGUUUUCUCAAAGUACUAUCUACCCUACCACUUUUCUAUAAGUGGCAUCAUGCCAGUACUGUUGAAAUGCUGCAUCAUCUGUGGCUGAACAAUUUGAUUUCUGUUCAGCCAGUAACAAAUGUUCUUAUUUUGCAGGCUAAGGAGUAUUAGAAAAUCAUUUAGUGUUGUUAAAACCAUUCCUUUACCCAGCAAAUUCUGGGUAUAUCUUGUUCAGUGUCUGAGUAAUCAUUCCUUUAAGAGGUGUUUUUUCUCAUCAGUAUUCCCCUUUCAGUCCAUUCUGAUCACUUGUUUGUGUAUAUUUGAACAGCUGUAACAAACCAGAGUUGUUUGGUUUCUUUUCUUAAACUUUGGCUUUUGCCCAUUAUGUAAUUUUACGAACACAUAUACACACAUAUCCAGGAAAAAAAUAUUUAACCUGAAGGGUACUCACCUGCAUGACCACUUCAGGAGGCAGAUAUUCCAGUUUCUAGUGAUGUUGACUGUUCAGGUGAUGUCCAUUGUUGAACUGACUUGCUGUUGCCAGGGAAAAAGGAUGUCUUUGGGGGAAUUUAAAUCUUUGCUGUAAGUAGUGAGAGGGGUCCAUGGGCAGCUGCUGUUUCUGUGCAGCUCAGGAACAUUCAGGUAGUAGUUCUCGUCUUUGUGUGGCCUGAAAGGCUGACUAAUUUGUUACUAACUUAGCAAGUGAUGAUGUGUCACAACUCCUACCCAAAGCCUCUUUUAAACACACGGAUGGGAUAGCUGUGGGAUAGCUGUGGCUGUUGGCAUUUCAAUCUUUGGGUGGAAGCUUAAGUUCAGGUGCGGACAGCAUUCCAACACUCGUCUUAAGUUUUUUGUAGGGUUGGCUGCAGAGGAUUAUGCAUGCCUUCAGAGCAAGCUUUUUCUUCAGUGACAAGAAAUGAACUGUUAGCUAACUGGUGCUUUCCCUUUUUUAAACCAUUGCCAUGAAAGGUAAGAGUGCAGUGUUUUUUGUUUGGAAGCACCUGGAAGCACAUCUGUGCUAAAUGACUUUUCAAGACUUUUGGACAGGAGCCAUCUUCAUCCAAAUACUUUUUAAGUCCUAUGGAUUUCAGUCAGAGGGAACUAAGCAUGGACUUAACCCUGCCAUUAAAAUCAGCAAGAUAUAAAAUGCUUUUUUUUCCAAAGCAUCCCCUGGCUUUUUAUUUUUUAUUUUGAAGCCAGAAUAUAUUUUAAAAGCAUUUCUCUAUCAAAAUUCUAUACAAAACAUAAAGGAAGCAUUUUAAAAAUUAUAGCUUUCAACUGCAAAGUGAGGCUAACCUGUUAGAGAUAGCAAAGCUCAGUGGCUCAGUACCCACUGCUUCUAAUUUCUUAGCUGGCUGAUAUGAAUUGCUGUUGGUUUUAUUCACUGUUCAGCAACUGUAUCCUAAACAGACUUCUUCAACAUGGAGACAUUAAAUUUGAUCACUACCCUCAAUUUGGUUGAAUAUAAUUUUUUCUAUCCCAGCUUUUUUAUUUUCACAAGGAAUCCAGGUUGCUCUACAUAAUCAACCUUUUCUCCAUUUUUAUCCUACCAAUAUCCCCGUGAGGUGGGUUAGGCUGGAAGUCAGCAGCUGAUCCAAAGCCAUCCACUGGGGACUAGCAUCUGGACCUCCUACCCUCCAGUCAAGCAUUCUAACCAGUACCUCUCACUGGUUUUCAGCUUAUUAACACAAAUGUUUCCAACUGGACAUUCUGGCAGAAGUAAAUAUUGCAGCAAGCCUGCAUCUUAAAUGGUAAGGAGGUGAUAUUAUUUUAGGUGUAAGAUUGCAUGUUUCUAUGCAUACUUAAUCCUAGAAAUGCUGACUUGCUUGGCAACUUGGGAUCCGGAAGCAGGAGGCUCAGAGGCUGCCCUCUUUGUUCUGUUGCUUAUCCCGCUAGCCUUGUGGAGCUAGCAGAUUUGAUACUGAGGAAAGUUUGUACUUUCCUUGAUUAAGCAUGAAAACCUAAUUUUAUUUUUCAAGCAACCAAUAAAUUUAGUUUGAAUUAUAUUUAGCUUGUAUUUCUGACAUCGCUUGUGCGUUUUCCUUCCUCAAAAGCAGACAUGCUGAGACUUGGUAAUACAGUGAUAAAAUGUGAACUUGCUUGUGUGUUGCGAAGGUCUGUGUAAGCUACUAGCAGCUCCUCAAUUAUGAUAUUCUUGAUGAGCCUUAAUAAUGAAGUUCUGAAUGUUUGUGCAGUAGUGCUACUAAAGUGCUUUGAUGCAAGUCAAGAUUAAUGGGUGGAAAGGGAAUGCAAAUGUCUGUGCCUCUGUGAGAAAAGACUUGCCCUGAAGUCCUACCAAGCUGCUUAUAUUCCAACGAUAAGCACAUUUACUCAGAAGUAAGACUUUUUGGGUUUAUAUGGGGGGGGGGUUUAAUCCCAGGGGUAUGUGCACAAAUUGACCUUUUAUGAUGUUUUAUGACUAGUCAUGAUGGAAAUAGUCAAGACUUAAUUAUUGGGACAAAUUGUCAUAACCAUUGUAUAGGUUCUUUAUAAUAAGCAAAUUCAUCUUCAAACAUACUUAACACCCACCCAUCAUUACAAUAUUAAUAUACAGGAAAGAUAUAUUAGUAUAUAGUAGAGCAGAAGCAGGGGUCUGUGGCUGUCCAGGAGUUGGACCAUCUCCCAUCAGCCCUGACUGUAUGUCAUACUUGCUGGGAUGGAUCCAACAAUUUCUGGUGGGGUAGUUUCCCCAGCCCUGUACCAGGGGAGAAAUUGCUUGGGCUCAGAUACCUGGGUCCACAUCUCAGUUCAGUUAUAAUGAAUCCUUAGGGGAGUCACUUAGUGUUUUGCAAAGAACUUAAGCUACACAUGUGAGCAAGACCUGUGGAACUCAGCACUGCUGGCAAAACUAACAGAUCAAGGCAGUCUGUUCUUCAGAUGUGAAAUCUCACUGAGAUGGCAAAGUCACUUGGAGAGUUAUGCCAAAUGGCCUUUCCUGCAAAAAAGGCUGUUGACCGAGCUGCUUUGUUUCCACUGAUGCAGAAAGUCUGGAUAGCCUUAGGAAAUUCCAUUUUUGGUGCUGAUGCCUUGAGCACAGCAGUUUGUGUCUGUUCAUUGUUAAUCAAGCAGUAGAUAAUUUCAAAUAGAUUCUUUGAACUGUAGUUAUUGCAAAAAUAUUUUGAGUUAUUCAUAGCAGUUGAGAAGUAUGUGUUAUUCAUUGUGAAAGUGGGAUUCAUAGGCUUAAUUUUAAUUUAUGUAAAGAAAUCCAUGUAAGUUGCUAUAGAUACUGUACAACUGAAGUAUUCCUAAAACCACUUAAGACUUUGCAUGCUGGUAACAUAAUCUUAUUUGCCUGAAAUGUUGCCAUAUCACAGCUCAUGUGCUGGCACAGUGACUGGUAAGAGUCAUCCUAAGAACUCAGAGGUUUAAAGCAAAUUUUAGGAUCAGGCCCAUAGUAAUUACCAGUUUUAUAAAAUUCAGCAGAAUGAAGUGGUAAAGCUUUAUAAGGACUGUGCCACUUCCCACUGCAGCUUGGGGGCGUCAUGUCGUCGUCGUCAUCAUCAUCAUCUGGUGAAGGAAAGCCUUCCCUCCUAAACAUCUAGGCCAAAAGAUUGACUAAGCUCACCCAGUGAGAUCAGAUGGAAACCCAGGACUACCUAAUCCAAAGUUAGCCUAUAACAUUGACUCUUGAAUGUGUAAAACACCAAAAUGUUUCCUUAAUUUUGUUCAUGUUCCUGGGUUAAUGGCAGCUCUUCCCUUCUAUCCUCUUGUCUUAAACAUGUGGCAUUACUUUUUCAAGAGAGAAUUUGCUUACUUGCUUAGGCUUACACAGUAUUUGCAGCAGCCUAUGAGGUUUUGAAUGUCCUCUUAUUUAGAAGGUGUUUCAGCACAAAAAUACCCUUGUUUUCUGUUCCCUCUGCCUUUUAUCAAAAGAAUAUAUGGCCAUCCAGUGAAGGAAAUGUUCUUUUGAACUUUUGCUGAGAUUCCGGAAUACUUUUCUGCACAGCUGUCUUCUGAUUUAAUAACUCCUGAAUUGUAACUUGCUGCAGCACACGGGAGAGAUGAAAAAAUGUUAGAAGGGGGAAUUGUGUUCAUCUAGGAAAUUGUAGUUGAUGGGUCUGAAGAUUUGAGAUGAGAGAUUUCUUGUUGCUGAGCUAUGGUUGAUAUAGCUGGCCUGAGAAAUGUGUUUUGAACAGAAGAGGCAACUUGGAGGAGUGCUGUAUUAGUUGUGUAUUAGUUGAGUUAUGAAGAGGUUAUACUUAGAGUAGUCCAAUUGAGUUCAGUGGGUCUGUACUUCCAUAGCACAGAGUCUGGAUCCAUGAAAACAGAGUGACCUGGGUGCAUGGAUAAAUUACCCAGUCCACCACUUGCUUUCUUGUAGCGGCUCAGAAUUUGGGUCAUGCUUUGAUUUAGUUUUGAGAACAGAGGUGCCUGCUGCUUUUCUUUAGCUUUCUAAUCAGGGUGAGGGGGAUAGGGGUGGAGCUCACUGCAGGUCACUGCUGUUUUGGCUUGCUUCCUUUUGAACCAUUUUGCAAUGUUUACCUAAGUGACAGUGACACCCACAAUCAAAUGCAAUCAAGUGAAGUAUUGAUGCAAAUGAAUUAGUUUAAUUUUUUCUUAUUCUAACAAAAGCAAGACUGGGGAAAGGUAUUGUACUUUAAGCAAAUAUGACUUUUCAUGUCUUUCUUCUGUACCAUUCCACUGCAGAACUAACCUUUACUGAGGGGUAGAAUGUGAUGAGUUUAUAAUUCUGCCUAUUAGCUUAUGGCUUAAAAUACUGCAUUUGUAAUAUUGAUGCUGAAUUUUGGAUAGCUCCCAAUAUGAUUAUGCACCCCCACGAUAGGUCCAAGAUACCAGUGAGUGCUAAGGGAGUGUAGCCCUAUGGUAAAGUAGACAAAUGGGUUUUUCUGAGGUGUGUCAUAGAGAUUCUCAUCUCCUUCAUUCAUGGUCUCAGAUCCAACAGCCAUACCAAAACAGGGUGGGCCUUUUGGUGACCAGUAACUGGUUACAGAACAGAAAACAAGACUAGGAAUUAAUUUAUCAAUGAUGGGGUGCAUACAAUGGCCCCCACCCCACAGGGAGCUGUAUUGAGAUCAGUUUUUCUAACUAGUCCAUAAAUGACCUGGGACUUCAUGCUGAGGCAUGAGAUGACCGAGGCUGUGGAUGAUGCUAAAUUAAGUAGAAUAGUUGAAACAAAACAGGAUGACGAGGAGCUCCAAGGGACCUCUCCAGACUUGGGGCAUGGGCAUUAGAAUGGUGGAUGUGGUUCAGUGUAAACAAGUGCAGCUAUGCAUAUUCGAGCAAAAGAGCUUUAUUUCACAUUUAUUGUUGUUGUUAUUAACAUUUCUAUACCACCCAUAGCCAAAGCUCUCUGGGCUGUUCAUAAGUCUCCCAUCCAGAUUUCAACCAGGCUUGACCCUGCUUUGCUUUCCAGAUUAGGCACUCUCAGGCUUUUCAGGCUAUCCAGAGGCUGAUGGGUUCUGAACUGGAAAAGGAUCUUGCAGUUGUAGCAGAUAGACUGUUAACAUAUUGACCUUAUUGAGUGCUGUGAAAAAAGGAUAAUUUCCUGUUGAGCAUUUGGAAAAUAAUUGAAAAUAAAACUGCCAGUGAGUACUUUGUACUGGUCACCAUGUUUGGAAAAAUGCAGUAGAGAGGGAGAAAUUGCAGAAAAGGACAACUAAAAUGACCAGUGGGCUAGAGCAAAUCCCUUUUAAGGGAGGUGACAACAUCAGUAGCUCUUUAGCGUACAGUAAGGGGGUCAUGGCAAAUAUGCAUACAAUUAUGUAUGGUGCGGCAAAAUGGAUAGAGAGAGGUUUUUUCCCUCCAUUUCUCACAAUCCUAGAACCUGGGAUCAUCCAGUAAAGCUGAAUGGUGGGAGAUUCAGGACAGAUGGAAUGGGGCCUAGUCAAAUGGUGGAUGGUCAAGCAAUGGAAUUUACCACCCCCAAAUGUGCUGAAGUCUGCUGGUUUGCAUGAACAUCCCCAUUGAUGGAGGGGGAUGAAUAAGGCAAUCCAUGGCUGCUCAUCAUGGUGGCUGUGCAUGUCCCUCCAGCAUCAGAGGCAGUAGGCCUCUGAAUACCUGAUGCUGGAGCAGACAGACAGGAAGGUUCUAUUGAGGACUUUCCAGAGUUAUCUGGAUGGCCACUCGGGGACCAAGAGGCUGUGCUAGAUAGGCCUUGGGUCUGAUUUAGUCAGACUGUUCUAUGUUCAUAUUCCUUGAGCAUCGACAGACUUGGAAUGCCAUGUUCCAUGACUGAAACAGUGUUUCUACCUUUACAUUUUGGAUCUAGUUGGUCGUAAAUUUGGGAUCAUGCUUUUAUUUGAAAUGCUACAUUCUUGGGUGGUACCUGCAUUUCCUAGCUCAUAGAGCAGGCUGGAUGAUGAAUUCAAGACUGCAUCCUGUACUGCAUAAGCUACGUUUCUUCAACCCUUUUUUCAAAACACCAGCAUAUGGUUAUCCCAUGCUUUAGUCUUAGUUAGCAUCCAGAUUUGCAAGGCUUAGGACAGUAUAUGGGAAAGCAGGGGAGGUGUUUUUUCUGAGUGGGUGAGGAUACACCGGGAAUGUAUCCAGAAUUAAGCUAGAAGGAGCUCAGGCAGGAUUAUUUUUACAAACUAGUUAACUCUAAUAACAAAGUCUUCCUAAACCAGAGCAGCUUGUGGGCAGCUUGCAGCCCUCCGGAUGCUUCUUUGGCCUGCAGCUUCUGUAAGCCCUAGCAAGCAUCGCCAUUGGUGAAUGAUGGUAGGAAUUGUAGGUCAACACAGUGAAGACUACCAAACGCCCACUCUAAGCAGAAGUACAGCUACUUUCUAAUAUUGAAGCCUGCCGUACAGCUUGCAGUUUCCAGAAAUCUUGACUUUAGUUAUACUAACAAAGUAGGAGUUGAAAAAAUGAUUUAAUGUCUACACAAAGGUAACUAUAGGGUGUGUUUACACUCAACAAAAACACACUACUUUUACUCUACAACCCACAAUUAACUCCUCUGUAUCUGUGGUGUGUGAUGUCCAGACCCAGGCCAAUGGGUUGUUUAAGGGAUAACUCAACAAGAAAUCAUGGUUUAACCACAGGGUUAACCCAUCAGUUCAGGUUUGGAUGCCCUGCUCAACAAGCUUACAAAGAAGCCAGUCAUGGUUUGUGUGGUAAACACAACAGUGGCGAGUGUAAUCCCAGAAGCACAACUGCUUGCGCACAGCUCCUCAUCGGUUUCUAAACCAAUGGGUUGUCAUUGCCUAUGAAUCAGGUCAGUGAGUUCAAAAUGACUUCUAGGAAACCUCAUAGGAGUGUAGCCUCACAUAGGUUAAUGGCAAGGCUUUCAUUAAUGAUUUCUGGAUUGAAUGUUUGCUGACUUUUGGCAAGCAAUAUUUUUGGAAGAUUUGACUAGGGAUGAAGUAUGACAUAUAAAACACAGAUCUUAAUAAAAAUGCAUCUGGGGCAGGCCCAAUGUAGUUUUUUUAACAUUACCGUUCGUAAUGCAUAGAACUAGAAGCUAUUAAUUAUUACUGAUGAAGUGGUUUUCGAUACUUCCACUUGACUAAAUGUACAGCUUGAUUUUGUGUUUGUGAGUGUGUGUGAUUGAGGAGGCAAAAUGCUAUGCCUCUUAAUUGACUAGUGAGUUAAAUCCAUGUUUACAAGGAUACUUCCAAUUUGUACUGCCAAACAGCAGUUUUGUUUUCUUAUGAAUUAAGGUUAUGGAUGACUUUAUUACAGUAGAUCUUGAGAUGGCAAUUUCGAUUCUCCUGCCACCACAAACAGUGGGCCUUUUGUCAAUAACUUCAUGGGAACAGGAUUGGAUCUCCAAAGCCUUGUGUUGAGCACUUAUGACUAAAAGGCCCUGUAUGUCUAUUGGAUAGGGUGCCCCUGUGUGUAGUGGCUAACAUGGCCGUUCUCUGGUUUUAUCACUUAGUGACUCGGAUCUUUAAUGGAGGCUGAAAUGAACAUUCUUAAGUGGGAGAUACGGGCGUUCUGGAAUGUAGAACAUUCUCGUGCUGCAGUUGUUUACAUAAUAAAAAGAUUACAUUUAUGACUUUGUAAUCUGCAAUGUGCAAUUUUGUACAUGUUGUGUUAAAAAUAAGUUUAUAAGAUACUGUAUGUAUAAAUACUUGACUCAGUAUUUGAUAUAAAUAUCAGAACAUUAAAACAGCUUUAUAUUCAUACCA